AUGGAAAUAACACCCUCACAUUACUUGAGGUAAGUCAUAGAAAAAAAGUCAGCGAAAGACUGAAAGAAAGCGUGGUGGUUGCCAUGACGACUCAACACACAUUUGGUAUCUCCUGUACAAGUCGAACAUUGUUGUCAACUUCAAGAGGAUGAAAAAGUUGUGACCUGCGAGAAUGUCUGGUAAAUGAUCUCACUUGCCCCCCAGACUGACAAACACACACACACACACACACACACAAAACAGGCCAAUGAGAGGGUAGUGGUAGGCAAGGGAGGAAUUGAGCAACCCAUGUGACACAGCACAAAGUUCAGUGUUUAUUACAGGCUGUUGAUCUGAUGAGUCAGUGGAUAGACAUUCGUUUCUCACUAUUAAUUAUUGGUAGAUACUAGAUAUGUUGUUUACACACACACACACACAAGUGCAAACAAACACACACAUAGGCAAACAGACACAAACACAGACACACUCACACACACAGAGAGUGUUGUCGCAGUGGGUGCCUGAACUUUCCCUCCACACAGGGCUCAGUAAUCCUGGAUCAGAGAACACAAAGGGCCCCAGAGCGCUGGUGAUGUAAGCAACAGUGUGUCCAGCAAGUGAGCGCUUUGCUUUACCCCAGCACUCACCCCUACAGCACUGCUGCAGGCUGUGUUCGUGGGGGAAAGAACAGGGACAGUACCACUGGCCCUGUCAUGGCUGACCCCAUGAUAGCUGGCACAUAGUUGGUGCGAGAGCAAUAGCGAGACAAGCCCUAACCCUACCAUUCCUAUCUGAUCUGUCACAGACAGGGGACCGUCUCUGACCUGGGACCCAGUGGGAAAGUGAAAGUUGUUGAAGCAGUGGAGAAGAAUGUGGUCCAGCUCCGUCUGGGAGGGGAGGAUCAGGAGCAGCUCGCUGCAGUGACCAGGGACUACUGAGACUGGAGCACCAUGGAUUUGCUGCAGGACUCUCGGUGGACAAUGCAGGGCCUCAACAGCCGUCUGAAGGGCUUCCUGGAGCAGGUAAACAAGCUGCAAGAGGCAAACUGGCAUCUGGAGGGCCAGAUUGCAUACUGGGGCCUAAAGAACGCCCCGCACCUCCAGGAAUGGACCCAGCAGGAAAGGACUGUGGAUGAUCUCCGUGCCCAGGUUGGUAAACUGCUGAUGGAGAAUGCAGAGCUGGUGCUGCAGUCUGACCACAUGAUGUCCAGGGCUUCUACCAUCCAGGCCAGAUGUGAGUUGGAAGAGUGGCAGACCAAGUGUCUGGAGCAACAGGUGGCUCUGCUGAGGGAGAACAAGGCGAGGGUGGAGCUUACCAAUGUGCAGCUGGAGGCGGAACUACACAACUCCAUGACAGAGCUGCAGGACAUGCACCAGGACUAUGUGGCAGCCCGUGCUUUGCAGCAGCAGCAGGCCGACUCCUGUGAUGCGCUGCUAGUGACGGCCACAGCGUGGGAGGAGGAUGGCACAGGGAUGGAGCUCUCCCAGCUCCUCGACCGAAUCAGGACGCAGUGCGACCGCCUCAGCCUCACCGGCCUAAAUCAAGUCCCAGAUGACCGACACCCCGGCCUGGCCGCCGGCCCAAAUCAAACUCCAUGCUCCGCUCCCGGGCCGAGCCGUUUCGGAGCCAGACUCAGACCCCGAGCCCAUGGAGGGUCUCUCCCACAGCUCAAUGCAGAAGAGGCAGCAUGGGCCCAGGUGAACCUCGGAGGGACUGCCCUGAGGGAGGCGCGGGCAGAGCUAGCCGAGGCCAGGAAACAGUGGCACUGCCUGCAGGUGGAGAUCGAGUCCCUACAUGCUCUGGAGAAAGGUCUGGAGAAUUCCCUCCACCACACCAAGCGUCAAUACUCCAGCCAGCUGCAGGGCCUGUCAGAGGUCAUCCAAGGCCUGGAGGGCGAGCUAGAGCAGGUGAGGGGCGGCCUGGCCACGCAGCAAGAGCGCCAUGGUCAGCUGCUCAAUACCAAGAUGAGGCUGGAGAAAGAGAUCGCCACCUACAGACGCCUGCUGGAGCGCGAGGAGGGCAGGUACCCAGGUGGGCGUAACGGACAGGUCAUGGGGCUGCGGCGCUGGAGGGGCCCCAAAAGAGAGCCAGACCCAAUAGGGGAGGGGCCUAAAGAGAAUGGCGUGGAGGAGAACGUCCUCAGUGACCCCGCGGUGACCCCUGAGGAGCCACUGUCCGAGCCCCUGCCUGAGAGACCUCAGAGGUGGUCUGUGACAGAGAACGGCCUGAGGAAGAGCCCUGCACUCACUCUGCAUAGGCAACAGAGCCUGGUCAUCCUUACAGAGCCAGAGAGAGACAAUUAUCUGAGGAUUUCCACAGUGAAGACCCAGGAGAUCCUCCAAGGCAACGUGGUGAGGGAGAGUGCAGAGGGCACUGGCACCGUGGAGACGGACAGGAUCGACAAGGUGAUUAAGCAGUGGGAGGGCUCCUUCUUCAAGGGGAACCCCAAGCUGCGGAAGAAGUCGGUGUCGCUACGAUUCGACCUUCACAUGGCGGCGGCAGAUGAGGGCUGCGCCCAGACCAAGCAGGACAGCCUGCCUGACGUGGAGGUCCGCCUGGUGAUGAAGAGGUCCCGCAGUAUCCCCACCAUUGCGGCAAAUGUCGAGGCAACAGUAUAGUCGAGGCAACAGUAUACCUAUCAUUGAUAGGUGAUAUCAUCAUUGAAUUGACUCCCUCAUAAAUGUUGUGAUCUGGCAACAGCAUCCCUACCCUUGACUGUGAUAUCACCAUGAGAUCAGCAUUGCUUCCCAUUGAACUAGGUUGAAGAUGGGAAGGUUAAGACAAUGAAGUAAUUCCAUGCGGAAGCUUUCGAAAAUAUGGGACCGACCAGCUCCAUUAAUAACUAUUAGCGCCAUUGCUAACUAGCAAUGCUGGUUUUAUGAAUGGCAAAGAGUUAUGAAAUAUUAUAAACUGGGUGGUUCGAGCCCUGAAUGCUGAUUGGCUGACAGCUGUGGUAUAUCAGACCAUACACCACGGCUAUGACAAAACAUUUGUUUUUACUGCUCUAAUUAUGUUGGCAACCAGUUUAUAAUAGAAAUAAGGCACCUCAGUUUUUGUGGUAUAUGGCCAAUAUACAACGGCUAUGGGCUGUGUGCAGGCACUCUGAGUUGCUCAUAAGAACAGCCCUUAGCCGUGGUAUAUUGGUCAUACACCACACCUCCUCGGGCCUUAUUGCUUCAUUAGAAUCCUCUUGUAUUAACCUGUAUAUUUUGAACCUAGCCAUUGACCAGAGUGGUAUUGUCAUGUCAUCAAAGUUCCUGCAACUCCACUAUCACCCACAAUCAUCAUUGUGACAUCAGCAUUACCAGCAGCCAUUUUGCAACCCCCAUGACCAAACCAUCCUGGUGACAUCCAUACAAAACCACAUACAUGAGGGGUUAAUGUGUGAUUCAGAAAAGUGGAUGUCAUUCAUAUGAUAUAUCAGCAUUUCUCAAUCAUGUAUAAAAGUAGAAAGUCAUAUUUCCUACUUAUGAUUUUGCCAUCAAGACAAAUGUGGUAAACAUGCCAUGCUCAAGAGAUUUCCCAUGUGGUCAAUAAUACAUCAUACCAGUAUAUAAUACUCACUGUUGUCAUCACAUUUAACAAAUGUAUAAUCCAACCAUCCCUCAGUAAAAACUAAAAAUUUAUACAGGUAGUGAAAAUUAUAAACAUGGAAAAAGGCAGAACCAUCAGAGUUGUAUGUGGCAUUCUACUGUGGACUAUUUAAGGGUGGUUAUUUUCUUCUCAAUUCGCUGUGUGUAAAAUGCUAAUGGUUUUGCUAUGCUGUCAUGGAUCAACCCAGCACUGAGAGUUCGCCUAUGGCUGAAAAGAGCUUUUUCCUUAUAAUGCUGUAAGUUAACUGUAGUCUAUAUAUUAUCUAUAUAUGGACAAUAUGGCCACAAUCAAAACAAAGCAACAAAGAUAGAAAUGUCCAGUAAUAAAAAAGAAGCUAUUUAUUUCCCCCACACUGCUCACUGUGACCCGAAAUUGCAGUGAGGCUUCUUCCUGGAGAGCAACCCUCCUGUGGGUUUUCGUUUCAACCCCAGUUGUAACUAACCUGAUUCAGUUUAUCAACCUGAUAAUUAUUAGAAUCAGGUGCGCUAGAAUAGGAUAGGCGUGAAAACCUACUGGACGGGAGAGCCCUGUUCUAAUCUAACCCCGUCACUUGUAUCGCAGAUAUACCCUGGUUUAGCCAGCAGGGGCCGGUAUUUGUAAAUAGUUGCUCUACAGUAUCGUGAAUGCUUUAUUUUGGUAUUGUUGUGUCGUAUACAUAAUAUCUAUAUGACUGAUUACACUCUAUAUGACAAUAUCUUUAUUUUAUUUUGAUGCUAAUUUUUUGAGUUGGCACCAAAUAUAUUACACGAAAAUAAUACCAUUGUGCAUUGCAGUUGGGUCCCUCCUGUGUACACAUGUUAAAAACAAUGUUCUAUGCAGUUCUUCAUGCGCUUGAUUUGCUCUGCUCCGUGGAGUACUUAGUACUAAAUCUUAUUUUCGUUUUUGGAGCUCUUUAACUUUAGAAUGAAUAAUUAUGCUUUUAUCUAACAAUGUAUUCAUUUAAAUAAAACACCAAAAACGCUGUC